AUGGCAGCUCAUGUUAUGUGUUUAACAUCAUCAGGAGGUAUUCCAAUUUUUUUAAGAAAAACAGGCGAUGGAAAUAUUAUAACUUUUUCAAAAAUGGCAUCAUUAAGUGGUAUUCAUAUGUUUUUAAAGUCACAGGAUAUUAAAUUAAAUGAUACUCAUAUGCCAGAUACAGUUAUAGUUUGGAAAGAAUAUGUAGAGUCGGUUAUUUUGAUAGCAAUUGCCAGUGGGACGACCAAAAAAAUUUUGGAUUAUUUUAUUGAUGCUGUAUUCAACGCAAUGAUAUUUGUCGUUGGUAUUGAGGAAAUUAAGAAUCCACGUAAUUUAGAAAAAUUAAAAAAAGAUUUACUCGCUUCCAGUACUAUUAUUGAUAGAUUGUUUGAUUGUUUGGAUAUUGGUGAAAGAACUAGCGAUAGAGUUGAAUUGAUUACACUGCCAAGCUGUAUUUUAUGUCCUGAAAAUAAUUUACUACGAAAUAGUCUUGAAACAUUUGUAGAGUAUUUGGAUUCAUCUUACGGUUGUAUUCUUGUUCAUGGGUGUGUAGCAAUAGCAACUGAAAGUUGGUGGGAUUUAGAUUCUAUAGAAAUAAAAUUACUUGUAAUGGCUGCAUUUAUGGAUAAAAAUAGUACUGCAUGUGAUUUUCCAGUAUUUUUACCAAAAAUGAGUCCAAACAUAGCAUUCAGACUGAUAACAAUAACAUUGAUUGAAGGAGUUCAAAUAUUAGCAUUGUGUGGACCAAAACCAGAUUUAACAGAAAUUGAAAAGACAGCUAUCCAAUGUUGGCGAAGUCAUAUUGACAUUUUACGAUCAGCUGAAAAAUGUUAUCCUAACUGUUUUCCAUCUACAAUUUCAUUAGAUCCGUCUAUUUUAGGAUUUUUACUGAUAAAUUACCAAACUGGUAAAUAUGUUGCUGGUAGAAAUCCAAAACCGUCUUCAAAUCAUCCUACUGGAACCCACAAGUUGGAUAUUUUACGAUCAUUUUAUUAUCAAGCUGUUGAAGUAUUUUUAAUUUCAGAACCAAGUGAUAAACAAGAGCAUGACAAAAAUACAAAUAAAAAGCCAGUUAUUCGAUCAAAAGAAACUUAUUGGUGUUUAGAGUAUUAUAAAUGUCAUGCAUUAAAAGAAAAAGACAACAUUAUUUUCAACGAUGAAUCACAGCAUAUUAUCAUUUCUGGAGUUCCUAAAUUAAAAUUACAUGAUGAUUUGAUGAAAAUAGUUUUACCUUAUGGUCAUAUUAAAGAGUUUACAGGAAUAAAUGAUUAUCCUGAUGAAGAAUUCACAGAAUCGUAUCAUGUGCGCUAUGAAAAAAUACAGAGUGCGAGAAUAGCAAAGCGGUUUUUAGAUUGUAAAAAUUUCUUCGGAGGUUUACUACACGUGUUCUAUGCUCCAGAAUUGGAGUCAAUUGCAGAAACUAGAAAAAAAUUAAUCCAAAGACGUAGAGAUAUUUCAGUAAGAAUAAAACGGCAAAAAGAAGAAGCUUCAAAUUUAAAAGUUGAUUCCUUCGAACCUAAGCAGCAAUUCAACAGGCAAAAAAAAUAUCCAACGCUACCAUUAACUGAAGAGAGACUACAACAACAAUAUCCUGGGGAAUCUUUUUCAAGCAUAUAUAAUGGAAUUCCAAGAAAUAUUGACCCACGUCCAGUUUCUGAACCAAGUCUUCCUAAGCAUGAAUUACACUUACAAUCGAGCAGUAAAAAUUAUAAAGGCCGAAAUACUGAAGGUGUAAAAGUACGAGUAGAGCGGCCGAAAUUGAUUGACACAAAAAAAUUAUCUCAGUUUAAAGAUUCUAAGGAUGUUAACAUUUUCUCAGUUGUAAAAAAAGUUGAUCAAGGUAUAACAAUUAAAUUGCUUCCCAAUGCGGAAAGAAUUAAAAAAAGAAUCUUGAUAAGAGACGAAAGUGUGAGAAAUUUAUUGCCAAAAGAUGAUCUUCAAACUUCGAUUGAAUCUGCAAAAGCUCGUAUUCGUGAAGCAAUGGAAAAAAAUUAA